AUGGUCAAGGUUACCAUCUUGGGUGCUGGCGUAACUGGCAUGAUGGCCGCGGCCAGUCUGCCAAGGAACUACAACGUCACCAUCGUGGCCGAGCAUCUUCCAGGCGACUACGACACCAAGGAGUGGGCUAGCCCUUACGCUGGCGCCAUCUGGGUUGGUGUCCAUCAGUCGUCGCCCCGGGAGCAAAAGAUGCAGCUUGAGGGUCUCAUGGGACUCCUCAGACUGGCCGAGACCAACCCCGAGUCGAGUGUCCGCCAGAUCGAGAUGACCGAGAUCAUGGAUCGUGGCACCAAAGCGGAUGUUUGGUAUGCCGGAAAAGUGCCCGAUUUCCGCUUCUUGAGCGACGAGGAGCUUCCCAUAGGUGCCAUUUACGGCAUGAAAUACAAGACGGUUGUCCUGACGCCUCAAAAGUUCCUCACCUGGCUGUACGAGAGGCUUCAGGCUCGCGGAAUCAAGUUUCGACGCACUCGGGUUUCUUCGCUCGCCGAUCUAAAGGGACUUGGCCAUGACAUUCUCAUCAAUGCCUCUGGCAUUGGGGCAGAGAACCUCAAGGAUGUCAUGGAGAAGAACCUGACGCCCUGGAGGCUUCAAUGCGUGGUUGCCAAGGCUCCACCCACCUACGACCGACUCUUUAUCCGCAGAGGAGAUAAGGGAUACUACUCUACUGCCUUUGCACGACUCGAUGGUACAGUCUAUGUCGGAGGUGUUCUAACCGAGAAUGACCGGGAUUUAUCCAUAUCCGAGGAGCAACGAAAGAAGAUUUGCCAGAACGCUCACAACAACCAGCCCGACGUCUUCCCAUCCCCAGACCCCAAAGACUGGCCGAUCCUGUACGAUCACGUAGGCGUCUACGCUACCAUGGAUAGGCGCUUCUGCGGCGUGCGUUGCGAGAAAGAGGUGGUUGAUGGCCAGAGAGUCAUCCACGCCUAUGGUCAAAACGCAGGAGGAUACGUCUACAGCUUUGGCCUCGCUCGUGAAGUGGUGAGCCUCACUGAGGACUACAUUUAUGAGCUUCCCGCAGCUGGAAAGCUAUAA